AUGCCCAGCCCAGUCCAUCCUGACAAUACGCCCCGUACUUUAAAGGAAUCAGCCGCGCCGGCUAACGCCCAGCAAGAACAGAGACCGCGAAACCCCAAUUACAGCAUCCCACGUGGCUUCGAAAAACUCCUUCAUCAAGAUCCCAAGAUUUCCGCUCCUACAACACUCCGAAAAGAGUCUACACAGAGAAGAUAUCAUCUUCACGUUCGGCAGCAACCCACCGCCGCGCGAGCCUGCGGUGCGGCCGUUCGAGACCGUCGACCGGUCGAUCCACCUCCAAUAGUCCAAAUUCUCCUUUCAGACUUCGACCCAGAGUCGUCGGAUGACCGCGACAUUCUGCAAGAUCCACGAUUCACAGUUGGCUGUUUGUUAUUCCCGAUGUCAGACUCCUCCAGUCGGCCACAACCCCCCAAACCCGAAAAGUACCGCCAUCCAGAACGAGAUAGAGAGAGUGACGGCGUUGCUCGUGCAAAUGACACAGACUUAAUACCCCUUCUCUCUGGCAAUGCGUUUGUGUCCCCGUUCCACGUCGACGCAGAUCCCGACCCUAACUCCGCCCCUACCCAUCCCUCCUCCCACGACACAAAUACAGGGAGUUCAAAUGCGUCAAAGCUUUAUCAGCCUGCUACCUUCUUCAUCUUCACUGAUCUCUCCAUCCGCUCUGCCGGGCUGUACCGCCUCAAGUUUCGACUCAUGAACUGGGGCUCCGUUGAGGACACGGGGCAGUCGAUGCCUAUUCUUGCGGAAGCUUGGUCUGAUUCGUUUCGCGUGUACCCCGCGAAGGAUUUUCCGGGAAUCCGUGAUUCGUCUAUUCUUGCAAAUGGGUUGAAGGAGAUUGGGUUCGCGGAGUUGAAAAUUAGAGGAAAGGGUAAAGGAAAGGGGCGGAAGAAAUGA